AUGGCAGAGCUGCUUGUACCGCCAGGACCAGACAGCUUCCGCCGCUUCAGUCGCGAGUCCCUCGCCGCCAUCGAAAAGAGGAUCGCCGAGGAAAAUGCCAAAAAGCCGAAAGGAAAGAAGAAAAAGCGCAGCGAUGAGGAUGAACCCAAGCCCAGUUGUGACUUGGAGGCGGGAAAGUCCGUCCCGCUGGUGUACGGGGAGGUCCCCAAGGGAAUGGUCUCUACACCGGUGGAAGACCUGGACCCCUACUACAGUAAUCAAAAAACAUUCAUAGUAAUAAACAAAGGGAAUUUCAUCUUCCGGUUCAACGCUGCUCCUGCCUUGUACCUCCUGAGCCCCUUCAACCCACUUAGAAGAAUAUCGAUUUGGAUUUUGGUUCACUCAUUAUUCAACUUGCUGAUUAUGUGCACUAUCAUCACCAACUGUGUAUUUAUGACACUGAGUCGACCACCCGACUGGGCCAAGAUUGUUGAAUACGCUUUCACUGCAAUCUACACUUUCGAAUCUCUGGUUAAAAUUUUAGCCCGAGGUUUCUGCAUAGGGAAGUUCACCUUUCUGAGGGAUCCAUGGAACUGGCUAGACUUCACUGUCAUUGUCAUGGCGUAUGUAACAGAGUUUGUGAAUCUUGGCAGUUUCUCAGCUCUUCGCACAUUCAGGGUGCUGAGAGCUUUGAAAGCUAUUUCUGUGAUCCCAGGAUUGAAGACCAUCGUCGGCGCCCUGUUCCAGUCAGUAAAGAAACUUUCUGACGUGAUGAUCCUCACUGUCUUCUGCUUGAGCGUCUUUGCCCUCAUAGGGUUGCAACUGUUCAUGGGCCAUUUAAAGCAAAAGUGUGUGUUUAUGCCAAUAAACAAUGAUUCCGCCAUCAAUGAUACAUUUUCCAAUGGCACCUCUGAGAAAGGACCACAUUACAAAAAUUACUAUUACCUCCCAGGCAAACGGGAUCCAUUGCUCUGUGGAAACGGUAGCGAGGCUGGUCAGUGUCCAGAAGGCUUUAUGUGCAUCAAAGUUGGAAAGAACCCAGAUUAUGGCUACACCAGCUUCGACUCAUUUGGGUGGGCCUUCCUUUCUCUCUUUAGGCUCAUGACUCAAGAUUUUUGGGAAAACCUGUACCAGCAGACACUAAGAGCAUCUGGAAAACCCUACAUGGUGUUCUUUGUGCUGGUCAUAUUUCUUGGCUCCUUCUACUUAAUCAACCUGAUAUUGGCUGUGGUGGCGAUGGCAUACGAGGAGCAAAGCCAGGCCACCAUUAAAGAGGCUCAAGAGAAGGAGGAGGAGUUUCAGGCAAUGAUGGAGAGCCUCAAAAAACAUCAAGCUGAUGCUCAGACUGUAGCAGUAGCGUCUGCAGAGCACGGUGAAGUCAGCGACAAUACCGGGGUUGUAGAAAGCUCCUCCGAAACCUCCAAACUGAGUUCCAAAAGUGCCAAAGAGAGAAGCAACAGACGGAGAAAAAGAAAAGAGGAGGGCAAGGUCCCAAAGUCUGAAUCUCAAGAUAGCCUUAAGAAGUCCCGAUGUCGCUUCUCUGUGGAGGACAAUUUGCUCAACAAUGAAAUGAAGUGCUCGUCAGCUCACCAGUCCUUUCUGAGUAUUCACGGACCAUCAUUCUCAUCCAGACGGAACAGCAGGACCAGCGUUUUCAGUUUCCAGAGCCAAUCACGAGAUGCCGGCUCAGAAAAUGAGUUUGCAGAUGAUGAGAACAGCAUUUUUGAGGACAACCGGAGUCGAAGAACCUCUUUGUUUUUUCCCCGGGGGUGUGAUCGCCACGGCAGCAGUAUCAGCCAGUCAAGCUUCUUUCCACAUCCGCUACUUUCACCCUGCAGGAAGAAGCAGAGCACUGUAGACUGCAAUGGAGUAGUCUCCCUAAUGGGUGUCGAUUCAAUCCCGUUAUCACCUAUGGGGCUCUUUCGUCCUAAACUGACAGUAGAUAUGACCUCCAAUAAAGACAAAGCUGACACCACCGACACGUAUGGAGGAACAAAUCAGGAUUGUACCGAUUUUCCUGAGGACCCGGCAGCCAGAGACCGAACUUUCAGCGUUGCAAGUGUCAUAACCAGCACAAUUGAAGAGCUGGAGGAAUCUAGACAGAAGUGUCCUACCUGCUGGUACAGUUUUGCAAAUACGUUCCUCAUCUGGGAAUGUUGUCCACUCUGGAUGAUGAUUAAAAAGGUGGCUAAAAUAAUUGUGAUGGAUCCAUUUACUGAUUUAACCAUCACUAUCUGCAUUGUACUCAACACCUUAUUCAUGGCAAUGGAGCACUAUCCAAUGACCGACAAUUUUGCCCGUACGCUGGCUGUAGGUAAUAUGGUAUUCACUGGAAUCUUCACAGCUGAAAUGGUCUUCAAGAUAAUCGCUAUGGAUCUUUACUAUUACUUCCAAGAGGGAUGGAAUAUUUUUGAUGGAAUAAUUGUCAGUUUAAGCUUGAUGGAGCUCUGUUUAUCCAAUGUUGUUGGAAUGUCUGUGUUAAGAUCAUUCAGAUUGCUGCGAGUAUUCAAAUUGGCUAAGUCAUGGCCUACUCUCAACACCCUCAUCAAAAUAAUUGGUAACUCUGUGGGGGCUUUGGGCAACCUGACCCUAGUGCUGGCCAUUAUCGUCUUCAUCUUUGCUGUUGUGGGCAUGCAGUUGUUUGGGAAAAACUACAAGGACUGUGUGUGUAAAAUCAACAGUGACUGCACUCUACCCCGCUGGCACAUGAGUGACUUUUUCCAUUCGUUCCUCAUCGUGUUCCGAGUGCUUUGUGGAGAAUGGAUAGAGACCAUGUGGGACUGCAUGGAGGUGGCUGGAACAACCAUGUGCAUCAUUGUCUACAUGAUGGUCAUGGUUAUUGGAAACCUAGUGGUGCUGAACCUGUUCCUGGCCUUGCUACUGAGUUCUUUCAGUGCAGACAACCUAGCUGCCACCGAGGACGACAGCGACACAAACAACUUGCAGAUUGCCAUUGCACGGAUCCACAAAGGCAUUGCCUUUGUCAAAUCCUUAAUUCAGAGCGCUUGCAAUAGUGUCUGUCUAGGGAACAACGCACAAAACCAGGGUGAGGAAAACUCAUCCCCCGAGGACAUCCAAAGAGCAUCAGGACUGAACGGCAUCCCCAACCACACCAUUAAAGCGCUACCAAGAAACGGAAAUGGGGAUGUGACUGGAGUGGACAAAAGUGGGGACAAGUAUAUUGUAUGCAGCAAGACUGAUGACUCCAUAAUGUCUUUCAUCAACAACCCCAGUUUGACUGUCCAUGUUCCAAUCGCGGUGGGGGAGUCCGACUUUGAAAAUCUCAACACAGAGGACUUCAGCAGUGUCUCAUCUGAUGCAGCAGGAUGCCGUGUGACCAUCGAUGAGGAUGGCCAGCUCAGCACCUCUGAGGGCAGCACGGUGGACUUGGGGGAAAAAGAUGGUGACUCUAUAGACCUUGAAUUGGAGGAAUCAAUGGAACCUGACAACUGCUUUCCUAACGACUGUGUACAGAGAUUCAAGUGCUGCCAAGUAAAUGUUGAGGUGGGCUGGUGGAAAGUAUGGUGGACCAUAAGAAAGACCUGUUUCCGAAUAGUGGAGCACAACUGGUUCGAAAGCUUCAUUAUCUUCAUGAUCCUGCUAAGUAGUGGUGCUCUAGCUUUUGAAGAUGUCUACAUCGAAACCAGGAAGAGCAUUAAAGCAAUGUUGGAGUAUGCAGACAAAAUGUUCACCUACAUCUUCAUCUUAGAAAUGUUACUCAAGUGGGUUGCAUAUGGCUACACCAAAUAUUUCACAAAUGCCUGGUGUUGGCUUGACUUCGUCAUUGUUGCAGUUUCACUGGUGAGUCUGGUAGCCAACGCUAUGGGAUAUGCUGAACUUGGAGCCAUCAAGUCUUUGAGAACCCUGCGGGCUUUGAGGCCCUUGAGAGCCCUUUCCAGGUUUGAGGGCAUGAGGGUGGUUGUCAAUGCUCUGUUGGGUGCAAUUCCCUCCAUCUUCAAUGUGCUGCUUGUGUGCCUGAUCUUCUGGCUCAUCUUCAGCAUCAUGGGUGUGAACUUAUUUGCCGGAAAGUACUAUCGCUGCGUCAACAGAACAUCAGAUGAAAGGUUCCUACCGAGCACAGUGCCAAACAUGACCUACUGUUUGAACAUGGGAAAGAAUGAGUCUCGUUGGAAGAAUUUUAAAGUCAACUUUGAUAAUGUUGGACUGGGUUACCUUGCACUGCUGCAAGUGGCUACAUUCAAGGGCUGGAUGGACAUAAUGUAUGCUGCCGUAGAUUCCCCAAGCAAGCUUGAGGAUCAACCAGCAUAUGAGAUCAACCUGAAGAUGUAUCUGUAUUUUGUUGUUUUCAUCAUAUUCGGCGCCUUCUUCACCCUCAAUCUCUUCAUUGGUGUAAUAAUUGACAAUUUUAAUCAACAGAAGAGAAAGUUUGGAGGCCAAGACAUCUUCAUGACUGAAGAACAGAAGAAAUAUUACAACGCCAUGAAGAAGCUGGGCUCAAAGAAGCCACAAAAACCCAUUCCCAGACCUUCAAACAAGAUUCAAGCUUACAUAUUUGACAUUACUAUGAAGCAAGCAUUUGAUGUUGUGAUCAUGGUUCUAAUAUGGCUUAACAUGGUUGCCAUGAUGGUGGAAACUGAUGAACAGUCAGAAAAAAAGAAAGAAAUUCUCAGCUGGAUCAACGGGAUCUUCAUUUGCGUCUUUACGGGCGAGUGUUUGUUAAAGAUGAUCGCACUCCGGCAGUACUUUUUCACAAAUGGUUGGAAUGUGUUUGAUUUCAUCGUCGUCGUUCUCUCAAUUAUAGGUAUGUCUCUUUCGGAGCUGAUUGAGAAAUAUUUUGUGUCACCUACUUUGUUCAGAGUCAUCCGCCUGGCUCGAAUCGGACGAGUCCUCCGCCUUAUUAAAAGUGCCAAAGGAAUCCGUACCCUCUUGUUUGCCUUGAUGAUGUCACUGCCUGCCUUGUUCAACAUUGGUCUCUUGCUCUUUUUGGUGAUGUUUAUCUAUGCCAUUUUCGGAAUGUCAAACUUUGCUUAUGUGAAGAAGGAAUCGGGCAUCGAUGACCUUUUCAAUUUUGAGACGUUCGGCAACAGCAUGAUCUGCCUGUUUCAGAUCACCACCUCUGCCGGGUGGGACGGCCUGCUGGCUCCUAUUCUUAACAAAUACGAAGACGACUGCGACAAAGAUUUUGAGCACCCUGGCAGUGCUGUCAAAGGAGAUUGUGGUUCUCCUUCUGUGGGCAUUGCUUUCUUUGUGAGCUACAUAAUCAUUUGCUUCCUUAUUGUGAUAAAUAUGUACAUUGCUGUCAUCCUGGAAAACUUUGGUGUAGCCACUGAGGAGAGUGCUGACCCACUCAGUGAGGAUGAUUUUGAAAUGUUUUAUGAGGUUUGGGAAAAGUUUGAUCCAAAAGCAACCCAGUUUAUGGAGUACAACAAGCUUUCUGAAUUUGCCGAUGCCUUGGAUCCACCGUUGCGCAUAGCCAAGCCCAACAGGAUCGAACUGAUCUCUAUGGAUCUUCCUUUGGUGAGUGGCGAACGCAUCCACUGCCUGGACAUACUCUUCGCUUUCACAAAACGGGUUCUUGGUGAGGGUGGGGAGAUGGACAUAUUAAGGGCACAAAUGGAAGAGAGAUUCAUGGCUUCCAACCCUUCCAAAUUGUCUUACGAGCCCAUCACGACCACCCUUCGCCGCAGACAGGAGGACACAUCGGCUGUGAUCAUCCAGAGGGCAUUCAGAGAGCUUUUGAAGAGACAAGCUAUUGAAAGAACCUUGGAAGAAGCCAAAGAUAAUGUUCCAAAAGAUGAAAAGCCAGUUGAUAAAGAAGCUCCAUUCAUGGAUAAACUUAAUGAAGUGUCUGGAUCAGACAUAAAAGAGCCUUCAACCUAUCAACCGUCUGAAAAUGACAAUGCUGAACAGGAUGCCACAGGUAAAGACAACACUGAGCAUGAUUAA